AUGGAUGGACCACCUAAACGUCGUAGCCGUAGCAGGGAUCAUACGGCGAUUCGUGGUUUCAAUCAUUUCAAAGGGAUUGUUUUAAAAACUUUGAUAAGGCAUCCGAAGAAACCAAAUUCGGGAAAUCGUAAGUGUGCUUUGGUGCGUUUAAGUAAUGGCAAGGAAGUAUGUGCUUAUAUUCCAGGUGUUGGCCAUAAUUUACAAGAGCAUUCGCAGGUGAUGGUACGUGGUGGACGUCGGCGUGAUCUUCAAAGUGUGCGAGCAGAAAUAAUACGUGGUAAGCUUGAUUGUGCUCCACUACAGAAGAAAGCAAAGAAAGCAGCAGCUAAGUAGUUGGUGAAGAUUUGCAAGUUCUUGUUAAGUAUUUGAUUUUUUCCUCUUGUAUUUUUUGUACUUAUAAUGAUGUAAUGCUUCCGCUCUCCUGCAGCAUUCGAUCGAAAUAUCAAAUUACUUUAUCUCACUUGAUAAUGAAAUCGCACACGUAAUCACCAAUGGCGUACUAUAUCCAUUCUUCAUUAAUCACUUAAAGCCACUGAUUCGUCUCAUGAACGUUCC